UUCUUUAGAAAUAAUAGUAAUGAAAGCAAAAUAAUGGCUAAUAACAGUGAAAUGCAUAAUAUUAGUGACAGAGAAGCAAGUUUUUCUUCAAGUAAAAAUGAAUCUUCUAUAUCAGCAGAGUCGAAUUCUUCGUCUAUACCAAUUCUAUUUUCACCUUAUAUAGUUUCUAGUCGUGGAAAAUCUAAUGCUCGAAAGGAACAACAAUUAAAACAUAGUUUAAGUUUCGGUCGUUCUUCAAACGACGAGGAUAUUCCUACAAAGGACACUGUCAUGAAAAAUUUAAAUAUUUCAGUCGAAGAAGAGGAACGUACAGCACAAUAUUUUCACUUUAUUUUGCAUAGAGAAAUGAGUAGAUUAGUUGAAUUAUGUGAUAAAUGGACGAAAAUUCAGACAGAGCCAGAAACUACUGAAGUUGGUCAAUAUGAAAUAACUAAAACGAUUGAACAAACAAAUUUGCUAAUGUAUAAAAAAUUUGAAAGAUUUCGUACAUUGAUCACUCAUUGUGAAAUAGGAAGAGGAGAAAUGUUAGUUACAUGUAAAGAUUUGCAAGGAUUCUGGGAUAUGAUGUAUACGGACAUAAGAAAUUGUGACUUGCAAUUUGAAAAACUGGAGAAACUUCGUUCACAAGAUUGGAAAGAAGAGGGUACGCUCGUUAAUAGAUCAUUUACAAAAAAAAUUGGAGAUAUUGUAGGAAAACAAAAAAAGAAAAUGACAGAAACAAUUAGGAGGAAUAAGGAAUCUAAUCAACACCUAACCAGUAAACUAAAUAAUAAAUACCAAAGGAAUAUAAGUCCUAAUAUAGAGCAUAAAAUAAAGUCCAUGUUUGUUGGCUUUAAUGAAAAUGAACUUACAAAACAUAGAAAAUCAUGUCUAUUAAAAGAUAGUUACCCAAUAACAACAAUAUCUAAAACACCGGAAGUUCAGUUAGAUGAUUCAAUAUCAUAUAUUAAUUCUAAUCAAACACCAGGGAGAAGUAUAUUAAAACAACCAAAGAAUCCAUUUGAGACAAAAUAUCGUAUAAAGUCAACAAAUAAGGUCAAUUUUGAUGAUCAUAUAACUUUAAAUGAAAUACCAACUGAUGAAGAAACACAGAUAAGAUUAAAUUUAGCUGCAACAUUGUUGAGAAUAGAUAAUUUUGAUCUUAAUAGUUCUGAUGAAGUAAAAAUUGGAACAAAAAGAAAGUUGUUUGACAAUACUAGUCCUAAUGAAUAUGAAUAUGAUGUGAAACAAAAUUCACAAGAUAAUAAAAUAACAUCUGUGCAGGUACAAGCAGCAAUACCAUUACAAGAAACAAAUAAAGAUUUCAACAUACCACAAAGAAGCAUGAGAAAACAAAAUUCUCAAGAUGAAAAUGGUGUAACAUUAGAUCAAAGUGUGUCUUUAAAUAUAAAUACUUCCACACCAAUUAAGAAAGAUAAAAGUAUUUUAAAUUUAAAUACAUUAUCACAAAAACAUGUUCCUACAAGUAAUAAAAAUGAAAUUAGCAGUUGUGAUGAAAGUAUAAAAAUGUUGAGAAAUAGAACUAUUAUUUCAACGAACAAACCUAUAAAUGAAAGAAAAUCUUACAGAAAAGUGUAUGCUCAAGAACUAGAACAUAAAGAAAAUGACUCUCCUUUAGAGAAGAAAACAAGGAAACAUUCUUUUAAAAUCAAUAUUAAUAAUUGUGAAAAAAUGGAUAUAGAUGAAAAUAAUAGCAGUAAGAAGAGAUCCAUUAGGAACGUAAAAUUUUCUGAAAACGAGAAUUAUGAAGAAAGAAAUAGAUCAAUUCUGCCUCCUGCUAAAAGAUGUAAAACAUAUUCCAACAAAUUUAUUCCAAAGGAAAAUUCUGUUUCUUCGGAAAUGCAAAAAACACGACAUCUUAUGAAAUUAAGAAGUAAAAAGACAUAAUCUCUAGUCUGACUGAUGUACAAAGAGUUCAAAUAUUUGCAUAGAUUGUUUUCUUUAAAAUUUCUUUUUAAGUAUUUUGAGUUUAUAUUAUUAUAAUAUAUAAUAUUAAUAUGUAAUGUUAGAUUAAAUAGAACUUUACUGAACAACAUAUUUUUUAUAAAAAUGAUAACUAAAGAAAGUUAGAAAAUUUGUGCAUAUUACAUAACAAUAAAUACAUUAAUAAAAUUUAUUGCCGAAAUGAUAUAUAUAUUUAUAAUGAUAUAAAGCAUGGUUUAAUAUUAUAAGGAAUUGUACAAAAAAAAGAAUAAGAGAGAUUGCUCCGCUGUGAUAUAGAAAAAAGAUCAUUUGUCUGUUAAUUAUUAACUAAGAACAGAACUCUAAGUACUUAUUAUAAAGAAACGCUUAGAAACCAAAAAAUUAUUUUUCAUUAUAUAAUUUUCAAUUAGUACCAACAUUUUUUUAACGCUAGAUAGUAAUAGUGCUUAUAUUUAUUAUAAAAUAUCGUCUUUGUUGAACAAAGAUUUCAUUUUUUUGUUUUUAAUAAUAUGAUUUAUUUUUAUUUUGUUUGACUGUAAACUGUAAUCACUUCUUUUUGAUUAUUCAACGCAUUUUUAUAAAAGCUUAUCGAGUAAUAAAUGUAAAAACUGCAAUUAGUAGAAAUAAUUUAUCCUAGUUAUUCUAACAAUAAACUUGCGCGUUGAGAACUAAUGACGUUGAUCGUUAUAGUCUUCAUCGAUUGAUUAAAUUUUAAAAAAAGUCAUUUAUAAGAUUAAUCUGUGAACUCUUUUUAUUAUGUCUUCUUAAUUAAGUUUCGGGCAUUCUUCCUUUAUUGAAAGUUUGUAGUGUAAUAAACGAUUUAUAAAAUAAAUAUGUAUUAUUUAUUUAGUUUUUCCAAUUUCAAAAUUAAACUGAUUUGACGAGUUUUAUUGUGGAUAUACAACUGUUUUGGGGGCCAAAGAAUGAAGUUGAAAGUCAGUUGAAAAAGCAAUGGAGUGAUUCUUGGAGUAAAGGUCGUUUAAAUUGAUAAGAACGUUUCUAAAUCAUUUGGAUAUAAAACGUUAUUUAUAGGUUUGGACAUAUCGUCAUUUUUGACAAAUUUUACUUGUUUAAAUAGCGAUGCCUAUAUUCUAUCAGUUUUAUGAAGAAUAUUCAUUGUUUGUUCAACUUAGUUGGCCAUUAUAUACAAAAUUGAAUUUGUUUUAUCACUGAGUUAUUGCAACUAGAAAAUCAAUUUUUACUUCUAAACUUAAUAUAAAAAUGAUC